UUUUUUUAGCGUGAUCUGGCAACACUGAGUUUCUGGCCUUACGAGUCAACAUCAGCUUCCUGAGCUCCGUUUCAAACACGCAGCUGGACAAAAAUGCUGGUCCUUGUGUUAGGUGACCUUCACAUUCCCCACCGAUGCAACACCUUGCCUGCCAAAUUCAAGAAGUUGCUAGUGCCUGGCAAGAUUCAGCACAUCCUCUGCACGGGAAACCUGUGUACAAAGGAGAGCUACGACUACCUGAAAACACUCGCUGGAGAUGUGCACAUUGUCAGAGGAGACUUCGAAGAGAACCUGAAUUAUCCAGAGCAGAAGGUGGUGACAGUGGGGCAGUUCAAAAUCGGUCUGAUCCACGGACACCAAGUGAUCCCGUGGGGUGACAUGGCGAGCUUGGCACUGCUUCAGAGGCAGCUGGAUGUGGAUAUCCUCAUUUCUGGUCACACACACAAAUUUGAGGCUUUUGAGAAUGAAAAUAAAUUUUAUAUUAACCCUGGAUCUGCCACAGGGGCAUAUAGUGCACUGGAAAGCAACAUCACACCAUCAUUUGUUUUGAUGGACAUUCAAGCGUCUACAGUGGUAACGUAUGUCUAUCAGCUCAUUGGAGACGACGUCAAAGUCGAGAGAAUCGAAUACAAAAAGUCUUAAAGAAUGCGGAUACUGUCAGCUGCCUUCUUUCAGGAUGCUAAUCUCGUCAUUCCCUCUCACCUGAACGUCACAAAUGCUGUAUCAUAACGUUACGCUAUAUUUUAAUGUAAUAUAUAAUACUGUUUAUAUGUCACCAGAAUGUCAGCGUUUUGGUUUCAGCAGAUGGUUGUUGAGGAUGCAAUAAUGCUGCAUUAUUUGCAUAAUGUUAGUGCGAAUUAGUCUUCUAAAUAUGUUAUGUGCCCUAUUAAUUUUUCAAGGCCCAUGUUAAGUCAUCUUUCUUAAAAUAAAACCCCACAUCACAUAAGCAGUGUAAUUUUGUUUUUUACUUUAUAAGAAAACACAGAAUGCACAUUAUUAAAAUUACUAUUUUGAAAUGUCUGGAACAGCUUUUUACUUAAAACCGGAUCGUGUUGGGUAUGUUUGAAGAAUGAUCUUGUUUUCACAAAUGCCAAAUAAAACAUAGAUUGAUGUGUUAGCUAAGGAUUAGAAAGUCCUCAUCGUCGUCUUCCGAUUCAUUGAAAGACAGGCCACUCAUGUGUCCAGCAAGAUAAGAGUCCAUUUCAGUCGCCUCCCAUUCAAAGUCAUCUUCCCACGGAUGUGAUUCUGGAAAUUUAAGUCCGUUUGAAUAAUGUUUAGCACAAAACAUGAACCUGACUUGUUUGUAAUAUCGGGAUUGUAAAGAAUCCUGUAUAUCGCACUGUUUGUAGUCUGUAAAGUAUCAAACCUACCCUGUGACGAAGCAUGUUUUGCAAUGGCAGUCCUUCUAUUUCUCGAAUGAAUUGUGUUUGAUUUUGCAAAUCCAGAGGACAUUCUGUGUAGUAGUUGAAUAUUAGGAUCACAGCUAUUUCUUUCAACAGUGUUUUAACAUUUAACAUAAGUGGCAUCAUUUUCUUACCUUUGAUGCUUGACAAUUUUAGGUAAAGUUGUUUUCUUGACUUUCUCUGAAGUUGAAGAUCUUUUUCCACUUUCUUUUUUCUUGCUCGUAGAUGUACUUUGAGAAUUUGUCCUCGGCUCCUCUUGUGGGGUGCAUGCUGACAUCUGCAGCUUAACGUUUAGAUUCACAUUCGCAUCUGGCACUAAUUAUGAAGUAUAUUAAAUUAUAUGUUACAUAUUUCAUUGUAAUGAAAAGUCUUGCUAAUACAAGUAAAUAUGCUCAUGUUAUAAGAGGCGAUGGUUCACCUGUCCUGAUACAGCGGUGUAAAACAUUCAUAUAGUGUUGACAUAUUAACUGCCGCAUGUGCUCUUUACUGUAGGCCUCUGCGAUACUAUACAGAAAACGCUUCUGUCCGGGUGUCAGGCCUGGGUGCUGAAAAUAAAGUUAAUAUGGAUUUUGAGUUACUUGGCAUAAGUUUCUUAAUGGCUGCUGAACCAGUCCUAACAUUGUAAUUUUAUCAGAUAUCGGAUAUAUUUAUCAAUUCAUUGAGAAAAAAAAAGUUUUGAAUAAAUAUGUUUUUUAAUGUUGUUGUAAUAAGUCAACUCAAUCCGAGCAGCUGAGUCCUCCAUCUUCAAAAGUCAGCUAAAAACACAUCUCUUCCAUCUUUAUUUGAACCUCUAACUCUAGCACUCUUUAUUCUAAUUCUGUUUUAUCUAUCUGUCUUCUUUGUAUCUAUCUGACCCUCUAACACUAGCUUUCUUUUUUCUUUUUUUUAUCUACUUGUUUUCUUUAAAAAAAAAUAAAAACACUUGCUACGUGUACUGCGUUUGGCUAA